AAUCCAUUGCCACUCACAUACGAUCACUCCAAGUUUAGCUGGUGCAAACUGACAAUAAUCAACUUCAGGUUAUGGGUGUCAUUGUUUAAUUUUUCCCUAAAAAUGUCAUGCGUCCUUGAGUUUUCGCAGGCUGUCAACAAACGCCGUUGCCAGUCGGUCGGUUAGCGUCAAGUCCGUGCCGGCUUGAAGCUAACUAGUUAGCUUGCUAGUUAGCUAGCUACCCUUAAAGCUAACGUCACGCAGCUGUCAGUUAGCAAAGCUAAGUGGCUAGCAAGGUGCAGUGCCACCGGCUUGUACGGCGUGUGACCCUUUUCGGACAUUAGAAGCUGCAAAAAAACUGCAACUAAUGGACAAAGACGAAGCGGACCGGUUGAUAGAGAACGCGAAGCUAUUGUUACGGGCAGGACGGAGGGACCGAGCGCUGCAGCUGCUAUAUGAAGCCCAGAAUAUCUACCCCAGCACCCGGGCUAGAGUGCUGAUUGACGCCCUUAUCAAAAAUGGAAGCAACGCUGCUCCGGGAGCGAACUACGUGCCCCCGCCCAAAGGCUGGAGAGACGAGGACUGUGGAAGUGCAGCGAGAAGUCAGGUGAACAGCGAUGACAGGAAGAGCUACACAGAAGAGCAGCGCCAGGGUGUUCACAGGAUUAAGAAUUGCAGAGACUUCUAUGAGAUUCUUGGUGUUCCCAAGGAUUCCAGCGAUGACGAUUUGAAGAAGGCGUACAGAAAGCUGGCCCUAAAGUUCCACCCUGACAAGAACUUUGCUCCUGGAGCCACAGAUGCUUUCAAAGCAAUAGGCAACGCGUACGCCGUACUGAGCAAUCCAGAUAAGAGGCAACAGUACGAUCAGUACGGCGAUCAAUCGACAGCGGAGAGCGCACCCCAACACACCACCCACCAUCGCCACCACCGAAACUUCCACAGAGACUUUGAGGCCGACAUUUCCCCCGAGGAGCUCUUCAACAUUUUCUUUGGAGGACGUUUCCCUACAGGCAAUAUUCACGUGUACACCAACCAGGGCGCCUCGUACUCUGAGUUCUACAAGCCUCGCCGCCGCCGAACUUAUGAGCGACGCGAGGAUGUGGCGGAGGACAACCCAAGUCAGAACACCUUCACAGCUCUGCUGCAGCUCCUCCCUGUCCUGGUGUUGAUCCUCAUCUCGGUGUUCACUCAGAUGAUGGCCACCAACCCACCUUACAGCCUCUUCUAUAAACCGAGCAUGGGCCUGGUGGUUUCCCGGGAAACGCAGCACAUGGGCGUGCCGUACUACGUGGAUAAAGGUUUUGAGAAGGAAUACCACGGCGGCACCCUGGACGAGCUGGAGAAGACGAUCGAGAGCGACUACGUCGAACACUUGCAGAGCAGCUGUUGGAAGGAGAAGCAACAGAAGUCGGACUUGAUGAACCUUGGGCAGCUGUAUCGAGAUGAGCGUCUAAAGCAGAAGGCCGAAUCCAUGAGGCUGGACAACUGUGACAAGCUGCAUCGAUUGGUCGGACGUCAGCGAGGCAAUUGAAGGACGGUUUGUUUAACAAGGAAUGCCACUCUGGUACAUUAUUAUUAUUAUUUGUACGAUUACUGAGUUUAUUUAUCCACUUGGGCCAUGAUGGCAAGAAUCAUGCAGCAGAGUUGGGAAAGAAAUGUGCCUUCUCUCCUCCGAGAUGGUCGGAAAUACGUGUCAGCUGCUUUGGUGGCCACAGCACUGAGGCUCUGCCCUAUUUGAACUUUUUCAUUUUAGAUAUGGUCCCUGCCUGAGGUCAUUGUGCUAAGAUAUAUGUAUGUCCGCGCGCUUUGAUUUGAAUAUUUUGCUGACUGUUCAGUGCCCUUGCCACAAUAAUCAAUUAAUCACCAUAUUCCCUACAGUGACUUGAAUAAUUCAUCCUUUGGACAAAACGCACUGUUAUACUGUGAAGUUAUGGACUUUGUUUUUAUUUAUUACAUAUUUAUUUAUUUAGUUGAAAUCAAAACAAAUCAGACAAACGAAGUGACUGCCUUUUUGUUGUUUUUUUUGUUUUUACUCCGCGCUUUAUCAGUCAAUAUUGAGCUUUCCCCAAGAUUGUCCUUUUCAAAACCAAAACAGACAUUUGAAAUGAAAAAUAUGGACAUGACAUUACACAAGAAUUUACAUUGCCGUUACGGUGCCAUACGCCGUUGGUUUAUUGUGACAUGUUCAGGCUCAUUUCAAGCACUUUUAUUAUUUAAUACUUCUAUGUUGCAUGUGCCCUAGUGAAAGAUUGUUUUAGUACGUAUUGCCUUUAGCAACAUAUUUUCAAUCAAUAUUGACUCACCACAUUGAUUCAAUGGCAUUGACGGCAUGUUUACUUAAAUACCCUUGUUGGCUUUUUCAAACAGAACUAUACCAGAAAAUUCAAAGUAAAAUGGACUGUUUUGUGACUC